GCUCCCUUGGCCCCCGAAAGAAGAAGGAAAAAGAAAGAAGAGCGUUUGCACCCCAGACGGGAAAUUCGCCCAUUAACACCCACCAAGCGAAGCCCAUCGCGGCUUCCCCAAGGCCGCUGCCGGCUCCUUUUUUUUUCUUUUUUUUUUUGUCGUUUGCCGCCCGCUUCCUUUUUUUCCUUUUCUUUUUUUGUGUUCCUGUGGCGCCGACUCCAUCUUUUCCUGUUUGUCAUCUACUUCUGCGCCGCUUCUUUUGGUUCUUAUUUUAUUUUUAUUCUCCCUGCCAUCCCCUAAGGUACCUACCUCCGCGUGCACGCCCCUAUAUCGGACCUAACCUUGUGCCCGUCUUCCAAAAACUCACAUCGUCUCAAACCGGUUCGUGCUUGUUAGAGGACUUUCUUCUCCGCCGGGCCCAUCUCCACCUCAAUAUUUUUUGUUGGUCUUGGUGCAACAUCCAGGUUGUUACUGUCAAACAAGCGCUCGGCCAGACUGAACUGUCGUGUUCCCGUCCGCAGCCACCUGUUGGGGGAGCUCCUAAAUCGGAUCUCUUAUCAGUCGCCGCUCGACUGCUGCGGAACGGGACAAUCCAGUGACUGACGCUCCCAGUUUGCUCAGGCGACACUCGUCACCGUGUCUGUCACCGUUCGCGAAAUCUGGGACACCAAAACGAAGGAGGGAACAAAGUGAGAAUUUCACUGCAGCUCGGACAGCUCAGGCCAACCUGAGGCACGGAUAGAGAAAGCAAAGCAAAGAGAAGGAAACAGGUCGGAGAGCCUGCGCAAGCCGGGACGGGCAGGACUGAUUCAGCAAGGAAUUGAGCUAGCCUUGAACCUAGGUUGACGGGGCCUUGAGAGCCGCAUCCUCGCUCGGGAUCAGGACCUGGACUCAGCCUGGCGCCUGAGCCCGCCCGAGGUGCUUCGUCUCGUUGGACCGAGCCAGGCCGCCUGCAUCAAAUGCCCGGCGAAAUCCUAGCAGACCUUGCCAUACGGCCAGUGGUCUCAAAUACAGGACCCCGCCCGGUCAAGGCCAUUCACUCGGGGACAGCCUCGGCCGCGCCGACGACGACAACCACCUCCCCCAGGAGCCUCUCUGUCGCCAUCAACAGCGGCGCAUACACCCACCAGAGCCACCCGGCAAAUACCCACUGCCAGCAGCAGCAGCAGCAGCCGCCCUUGGGCGCCGAGGUCGAGCAGCACCUGCGCUGCCACAAGCACAAGCUGUCGUCGUACUCGGACGGCAGCCCGCUGAGCCAGUCGCGCAACAACUCGCUGACCUUCCGCCCCGCCAAGCGCCAGAUGGCGACCCCGGACCAGACCAUCGCCGUCAUCAACGCGAGCGGCCGCCAGACGGCCUCGCUGAUCCGCUACUGCACCGCCGUCGGCUUCAAGGUGCGCGCCCAGCUGCGCAACACCGACGGCGUCAUCGCCACCGAGGUCUGCACCAACCCCAACGUCGAGGUGCUCGUCGGCGAGCUCUACACGCGCGGGCCCUCGGCCUCCAAGUCGGACGUCUCGGCCGAGGGCCCGCUCUCGGGCAUCGGCGUCAACCGCGCCCUCGUCUCGGAGCUGUUCCGCGGCUGCCAGCUCGCCUUCAUCAACACCACCUUUUACGGCGACGAGGUGGCCAUCGGCAAGGCCGUCGCCGACGAGGCCAAGCGCGCCGGCAUCCAGCACUACGUCUACUCGUCCAUGCCCGACCACGCCGCCUACGACCCGGCCUGGCCGAGCCUGCCGCUGUACAGCUCCAAGCACAAGGUGGAGGAGUACGUGCGCUCCAUCGGGCUCGAGGCCACCUUUGUCUACGCCGGCAUCUACAACAACAACUUCACCUCGCUCCCCUACCCGCUCUUCUGCAUGGAGCUCCAGCCCGACGACGGCUCCUUUGCGUGGCAGGCACCCUUCCACCCGGACGCCAAGCUGCCUUGGGUCGACUGCGAGCACGACUUUGGCACCGCCAUCCUGUCCAUCUUUAAGGAAGGGCCCCGACGCUGGGGCGGCGGCCGCCGCGUGCCCAUCGCCUUCGAGAUGCUGACGCCGCGCGAGGCCUGCCGCCGCUUCGCAAAGGGCGUGGGCCGGCCGGUCCGGUACGUGCGGGGCCCCAUCGAGGUCAAGGUCAAGAUACCCGAGGGCUACCGCGUCCAGCUCGACAUGGUCGAGCGCCUGUACUCGCUCGGCGCCGACGACCCGGCCCGCCAGCCCCCCUACUUUGGCGACCGCGAGAUGGAGGCGGCGUGCCCGGGCGCCGCGCUCGAGCUGUGGGGCGGCCCGCGCCUGCUCGAGGAGUACGCGCGCGAGGAGUUCAUAAUCGAGGAGCAGGCCAACGGGCUCAAAUGGAUGCUGGACGACGGCCACAGGAAUAGCGGCGCGCCACACUCCAACCACCACAAUAGCCACCACCACAACGGCGACCCGGGCGUUCACCACGGUAACGGGAACGGCCACAGCAACGGCCAUAGCCACGACAGGGGGGAGGAGGACGGCGGGAGGGAGGUGACGCAGGCUUCGGACGACGACGACGACGACCGAGACGACGACGACGAUGACGACGAUGAUGACGAUGGGCUCGUCAUGACCGGACCGAAGCGUCUUGAGGAGAAGUGGCUGGCGUGAAGCCUUCGCGGUAGUCGCGAAACUCUCGCCUGGGGUUCCACCUUUUUGACCUCAACCAUCAUCCCACCUCCAUCUUCUCCCCUCUCUUUCUCACGAGCCACGCCACAUUUCAUGCCGCAACGUCAGGCGCAUCAUCAAAGCGAUUUUCCCUUCUUUUCCCUCUGCAUAUCCUCUUUUUAGCUCUCCACGCACCAACGAAAAACAAGAGAUGAGCGAGUAGGCGGGGAGUCCCGAUUAUCCCACACAGUUUGUGGUUCAUUUUCAUCAGUCGAUAUGUGAUGAUCAAGUCGAGGGUAACGAAACCCGGGAAAAAAAGAAUAAAGGACACUGGAGAAAAAAUAUCAGACAUCUGCCCCUGGGCCAUUGGGCGAGUCCUAAUAGUCUCGCCGCGCUGUCUU